UGGACGCGUAAGCAGAAAGAGAAGAAGAAUAAAAAACACAAAAGCAAGCGUUUGUCAGGAUUUCCACUUGGGCAUAUAACAUUUGAGUUCGUGUUUGUUCUUCUGUAUGGACAACAUGUAACUACUUAAUCGAUAUCUGCAAACACGCAGCUCCUGACCGCUGACGCUGUCGUCUUUCGAGACUUUGUUUUGAAUUGGACGUUAAUUCGCUAGCCAAACUAGCUAGCUUGUAGGGUUAGUUCAUCUCCAGCUGGCUAGUGAGAUAAACAUACGUUUUUUGUGUUCAAAGUCAACAAUCCGACAUCCCGUAGCGUUCUCGUCACAAGACGAAGAUGGGAAAUCUGGGUAGCAGGUUCCAGUCAACCUCUCAGGGACUGGAGGACGCAGCGGAAAGCCGCCAUAAACACAGCUGCGAGUGUAACAAGAGGAAACGGAACACGCAGUGUGACUGUGAGAGCGAAAAGGACGACGACGACAUCAUACUCGACACACCACGGAGGCAAAAAUUGAAAAGCACUUCGAAUUACAUUUAUCAGACAUUGUUCCUGAAUGGAGAAGACAGCGACAUUCGCAUCUGUGCGCUGGGACAGGAGUGGAACCUUCACAAAUUGUACCUAUGCCAGUCAGGAUAUUUCUCCAGCAUGUUCAGCGGCUCUUGGAAGGAGUCGAACAUGAUGGAAAUCAACUUGGAGAUUCCUGACCAGAACAUUGAUGUAGAAGCUUUGCAGGUCGUAUUCGGAUCCUUGUACAGGGAUGACGUUCUCAUCAAGCCCAGUGGUGUUGUCAGUAUACUUGCAGCUGCUUGUAUGCUACAAUUGGAUGGCUUGAUCCUGCAGUGCGGCGAGUCCAUGAAGGAAAACAUCAGCGCAAAGACGGUGUGCGGCUACUACGCCUGUUCUUGCAUCUAUGGCUUGGACUCCGUCAUGAAAAAAUGUCUUGAGUGGCUUCUAAACAACCUCAUGACGCAUCAAAAUGUGGACUUGAUGAAAGAAAUUGGAACGGAGGUGAUGGAGCAGCUCAUUCAGUCUUCAGACCUGUUUGUCAUGCAGGUGGAGAUGGACGUCUACACCGCUUUAAAAAAGUGGAUGUUCCUGCAGCUCAACCCCUUGUGGGACGGUCCCAUAAAACAGCUCCUGGCUGACGCUGACGCUUGGCUGUGCAAGCGCAGGAGCGACCUGUGUGAGAAAGAGCCCUUCUUAAACACAGAGGAGGGCGCCCCCUUUUGCUCCGUCUUCAAGUACAUCCGACUCCAGUAUAUCGUCAAUGACCUCGCUUCGGCACGCAUUUUGGAACGGGACAACAUUUUGCCUCCUGAUUGGUUGACAGCUGUAUACAAAACACAAUGGUUUGCUAUGUUGCGAACGGAAUUUGACAAUGAUAAUGGUCCACAGGAAGCCAACAAAGAGGAAUUUGAGUUGAGCAGCAUGAGGUGUGGCAGGAAAUUGACCAAAGAUGGAGACUACUGCUGGCGAUGGACCGGCUUCAACUUUGGCUUCGACCUGCUGGUGACCUACACCAACCGCUUCAUCAUCUUCAAGAGGAACACACUAAGUCAGCCAUGUGGGGGCGCUGUGAGCCUGCAACCGAGGAGGCAUCUGGCGUACAGGUUACGUCUGGCCUCCUUUGACAGUCUUGGCAAGCUGGUCUGCAGCCGCUCCACUGGUUAUCAGCUUCUCACACUGGAGAAGGACCAGGAGUAUGUGGUGAUGAACCUGGACAGCCGCCUGCUAUCUUUUCCACUCUACGUUUGCUGUAACUUCCUGUACACUUCGCCACACUCUGACCACAGGCUGGACCAUCCCGAGCACGAGAGCAACGGCCGCAGUGUGUCUUGAUUCCUCCCAGUGUUAACGUGUAUGACUCCACAGCCAAGAACACGUUUGAUCACCUGUAAGGCGUGUCGGAAUCUCUCAUGUGUCUCACGUUGCCGGCAUAGGCAUGGAGGGAGGAGGCAGGUAUCAUUCCACCUUUGGAGCUGUGCCACCAUCUCCAUUGGCAUACCUCAUCAUAGAAACCUUCCCAUUUGGUGACAGCAUACACAUCCAGUCUUCUUUUUUUGGAAAUGUGCAUAAUUCAUCUUAUAUGUUCAGAAGGACCACAGACUUCCGAAAGUGGCUUGAACAGGAAGUGUGUACUUUUCUCCAUCCUCGCUUGCGCAAGAGAAGCAGGAAUUCAAAGGCAAAUGGCACACCUCUACGCACUGUGCACUCAUACCUCCAUUUAAAUUGACUUACAACAGCAGAUGUUUUAUUCAGACGUAAGAGGAAGUAUAAUAUGUUUUAUUGAGAUAUGUCCAGCAGCUUUUUAUUAAAGUGGACAACUUUCUACACCUGAGGAGCUACUGGUAUCACCCUUUAGUAAAGAAAUUACCACUAUCUUAAGUAUCCUAUGUAUGCAGUUUCAAUUAUUAAGUAACUAGCCAAUGAUAGCAUGCUCCAAAGUGAGAUUGCCACCUUCACCACAGGGUUCCACUUUUCUUCUUCUAUGAUGUUCAUUUGUUCUGAUCCACGGAAGUACACUUUCUAAUAACUUUGAGCACCCACACAUUUGGUUUUCGGCUUUUUUUUUUUUUUUUGCACCGUUACUUGACACCCUUUUUGACUGCUUCGGUCAUUACUUUACCUCUGUCUUGUCACCCGCCGAUGUUGCCUCAUAUAGAUAUGAGACCACAGUGAAAGUGGGGAAUUUCACACUUGAGGAGCUGACAUUCAACUCAACUCGCCUUUUUAUUGCCGUAAUUUGUAAUCCUCAUGUUUUUAUUUAUAUUUUUUUAUCAUUUGUUUUUUGGAAGAUGAAAAUGUGUAUACAAUGUUAUUUGUUGCCAAUAAAUCUGCCCGGCAACAAGGGCUGUGGUGCUAUCAUA